ACGCAAACAGUAUAAGUACAGCCGGUUAGGCUGGCUAUCAGCUCUCUGGAGAAUUGACCUACACAAAACGCCUAUAAAAAGCGGGGAAUUCUCCAGGUGUACACUAUAUUGCCUGUAAAUUCUCUAAAAUCUUUUUCGGUUGUGUUCUUUCGGCAGUUGUCGAUUUUGGAAAGCCAAGAAUUUGACGACGUUUGAACAGUUGUUUCAAAGGUUGCUGUUGUGUUUAACAACCGCGAACCCUUGGUGUUCGAGUUGUUUGUAUUUUCGGAAAAGAAAGAAGGAUACAUAUAUUUAUGCGGCUUAACAGUUCAUCAGUACGUUAUCUGUGCUGGUGGUUUUAAGAAGAAGGCGAGGAGUGACUCGAGUGCAUUGGAGUUCGGAGCUGCAGUGCAGAUGGGACAAUUUCAACACACGAUCGAAUCUUCUUCAGCGAUUGAAGCCUCGAAGUCACUAAAUCGAACCUUAGAAUAGAAGGACAGAACAAGGAAACUGCGUCACCAUUGGUGGUGGACACCCCCAGCACUGCCCCUUGAGGGCUAGUAUUAUGGGAUGUUCUGCAGGCAAGCAUGUGUCGGCUAGCCCAGAACUGAGCACCAACACUCAAAUUUCAAAUGUGGUUACAUCUUUUCCAAACCAGAAGGAAAAUGGCUGGACAAACUCUGGGGUAGUCGACAUGCCUCCACCACGAAACACUGCCCAAACAAUACGAAGAAACUCAAAAAAGGAUUCCACACAGUCCUCACCUAAUAACUCAGAAUGUGAUGUACAUGAAAAUGCCUCAAAACCUGUCCUAUUACCAAAGAAAGUCACACCAGUUCCUGUACUGUCAAAGCUUAACAAAGAAAAGGAUAAUGGGAAUCUUUUAAAGAAAAACACACAAAACAGAAGAAAUACAGACGAUCUUCCCUCAAGACCUCAGCAAAUUGGUCAGCAAAAAAUGAUGUUAACACAGUCUCAAACAGACUUUUUCACAAUGCUGGAUAGGAAAAUCGAAGCGGGAGAGGACUAUAUAUCUGAUACUGGAGAAAGAUAACCGCUUUUCUAUAUAGUGUGCUAACAUACGACAACAGAGUAUUUCCCAAACUAUUGUGGAAAUCGCUGGCUAUCUGUAGUCCCUGAGGGCGAACUGUUCUGGAAAGUGCUUCCAUAAGGAGUGAAAUCCAAGGGGAUUCAGUCCAGAAUUCAUUCGUUUUCAGAUGGCUCUAUGCGCGAUGUUCCAAUAUCCCGUGAACGAAAAGAAGUUAUUGUGGAAAUUGCCCAAGUAUCCAUUCAACAUUUUUAGAUUUUUGUACCGUACUCCGACGGAACAUUGUUUCUUAAAUUCAGCAAUGAUUUUGGCAAUCCCUUACUCCAAUUUCCGUUCCUUUCCGCGACUGAAUAAAACCAUCCCAUGCCAUGCUCAACUAUAGUGACGUAAGGCCUGUCAUGACCUCAUCCUACCUUGAUACCAUCAAUAUGCAUAUGCAAUGACGUCACGUCUCAUUCUCUCACGUGACUGGUAUUCCAAGAAAAGCAAGUCGAGUACAAGGAGAAACAUGGACUACCUCAGAAGUAAUAAAGUCACCUCUCAUUCUCUCACGUGACUGGUAUUCCAAGUAAGGCGAGUCGGGUACAGGGAGGAAACAUGGACUACCUCAGAAGUAAUGACGUCACCUCUCAUUCCCUUACCUGACUGGUAUUCCAAGAAAGGCAAGUCUGGUACAAGUAGGAAACAUGGACUUUCUCAGAAAAAAUGACGUCAGGAGUAAGGGUUGAAAAUCAGGGAUGAUAAGUUGACGCAAAAACCUCUAGCAAGUAACAUUUCACGAUAUUUAAUUUUCUGCGACCUGUUCCUACAGCAGUAUCCAUCACACCCCCCCCAAACCCCUACUCAGCCUGAUAUCCCAUCCUAAAAAUUGUGUAUUUAUAGCAUCCAUCAAUAAGAAUGAUUUAAAGGGAGUGCGUCAUGAGUUUUCCGUGGGGCACUUAAACUAAAACAAAUCCGCCAUAAGAUUAAAACCCGAAGGCGCGACGAACAAAUGCCGACGGGAGGACGAGCUGUGACUUACCGCUCGGCUAUAACUUGAAACCUGGGGCAACAAGCCUUUAAGAUAGAAGAGUAGUUGAAGAAUUCCACAUAAAUGCCUCUUUUAAACAGCACCCGCAUAUAAGAACUUAGAAUUUUCAAGAUCAGGCAAAAUAACUUCUGAUAAUAGGGGUACCUUAUAACGAUUUUUGCUAGUGUUUAGGAUCUCAAUUGGUUCUUAUUUUUAUACACCAAACAAUAAUAGUCACUAGUCGGGAUGUUUGCUGACUCUAAUGCCUGGUGCACACUAGCGGCAUAACGACGUAAUGACAUGGGCGUGCACCUUUAUGUCCAUGUCGUUAUGUCGGGCUUAAAGGAGUGCGCGCGCCUAUGUUGUUAUGUCGUUAUGAUCACUAGUGUGUUCUAGGCAUAACAAGAAUAAAUGCUGAACCAGUUUUACAAGCUCAUGUUGUAUUCAGCUACAAUUUGCAAUGCGCCAACUUUUGUGAAAUCUUUUCUUUUCUGUUAUCAACCGUAAAUUAUGUUUCAAAUAGUCUCCACGUGUUAUAUUUUAUAGGUUUCGUUUAAGUUAUAUCCAGAAUUUUGACAAUCAACAUUUCAGUGAUCUUUCAAAUAUCACUCAAAUUCUUCCCCACAAAGCUGAUUAGAUUCUUAUAAAAAAGGGCUUUAAAUUCCAAAUUUCAGCCUGUAGGUUCUUAAUCUCUUGGUUCUUAUAUUACGCGGGCGUUUACUGUAAUGGAAUAAUCAUUCAGGUUCUACUCCCUUGACUUGGCCCAUGGAAAACAUUAAAAAAUCGAGAGGGCGACUCUUUUCCAUCAUAUGUCGGCUGUUUGUAUUCUUUCGGCCUUUAUUGUACAUUAUUACACUCCUCUUUUAGAGAAUUCUUGUCUAUUAUGGAACAAGCGACACAGAUGGUCUAUAAAGGAGAGUAUUGCUUAAAAGACGGCACGAAGCGUAUUGUAGAUAAGAGAAUGUACCUAAAAUAUACACAGAUGAUAUAAUCAGAUAUAAAGAGAUAUAGUUUAAUGGUUAAUGUACAUUUGUAGUAAUUUGUAAUUAAUAAAAAUAAUGAAAAAUA